AUGUCAACCGAUUCUUUGAUCAGCGAUCAAAGUCCAUCUGAAUCAACUACAGAAAGCAGCUUAUUAAAAACAGAGACACCACAGUCUCCAUGUUCUGAGUCUACUGCACAAGCUUCACCUCUUGUUAGUGAUCAAGAAAUUGAAAAUGGUGAUGAAUCAAAACAAGCUUUAAUCAAUAGCGGUUUAAGUGAAACUAUCAUUAAGGAAGAGUUAAAUUUGAAGCAAACAACUCUUAGGGAAGAGGAAAAGAGAAUGAGGGAAGAGGCUCAAUUUCAAUUUGAUGCGGCAGUUAAAGCUCAACGUAUGAAGCGUUUAAAAUUUUUGUUAGAAAAAUCGGGUGCUUAUGCAACUAUCUUGGGACGUAAAUUAGCUAAACAACAGGAAGAAGCUCGUGAAAGAGCUGCUCAAUUGGAUGCUGCUGCUGCUGCUGCUGCUGCUGCUACUACUACUACUACUACUACUACUACUACUACUACUACUGCUGAUGAAAUUGAAGCAGUUAAUAAUGAAUCAAACAUAAAAGCUUAUAAAACACGUUCCAAUACUACAGCUAAUAGUAAGAAGAGAAAGACUACAGAUGCUAAUUAUCAAUUGACAGAUUAUCUUAAAGAAGAUGAUGUUAAAAGACGUAAGCAAGCUGAUGGUAAUAUUAGUAAAGCUAUUAUUCAAGAAGAUGCUGAUGCUAAAAAGAAGCCAAAGGCAGAAACUAUUAUAAAGCCUUCUGUCUCUGCCCGUCAACCUUCCCUUAUUACUGGUGGUAUUCUUCGUGAUUAUCAGCUUGCUGGUGUUGAAUGGCUUAUUAGUCUUUGGGAAAAUGGUUUAAAUGGUAUUUUAGCUGAUGAAAUGGGUUUGGGUAAAACACUUCAAACCAUUUCUUUUCUUGCUCACCUUAAGGGUAUGCAAGUGUCUGGUCCUUAUUUGAUUGUUGCUCCUUUAUCUACUUUAGCUAAUUGGGUAAAUGAGUUUAAAAGAUUUGCUCCUUCUAUCAAUGUAUUACUUUAUCAUGGCUCAAAGGACGAACGUCACCAUAUGAUUAAUCGCAAAAUGCAAAAGAAGAAAGAAACAACUUUCGAGUUCCCCGUGAUUGUAACUAGUUAUGAAAUUGUCAUGAAUGACCGCAAAUAUUUACAACGUUAUAACUGGAAAUACAUCGUUGUUGAUGAGGGACAUCGUUUGAAGAAUAUGAAUUGUAGAUUGAUAAAAGAAUUGAAAACUUAUUCUAGUGCUAAUCGUUUGUUAUUGACCGGAACUCCUUUACAAAAUAAUCUUGCUGAACUCUGGAGUUUAUUAAAUUUCUUAUUACCUGAUAUCUUUGAUGACUUGGACAUGUUUCAAUCCUGGUUUGAUUUCUCUGAUAUUAAUAUGAAGAGUGGACAAGAUCGUAUUAUAAAAGAAGAAGAGGAAGAUAAAAUUGUAUCCAGUCUUCAUACCAUUCUUCGCCCUUUCUUGUUAAGAAGAUUAAAGACUGACGUUGAGCAUUCUUUACCCAAAAAGAAAGAAUAUCUACUCUAUGCUCCUUUAACACCCGUUCAAAAGAGCUUAUACGAUGCUAUCAUUAAGCGUGAUCUUCGUGAUUAUCUCAUUAAACGAAAGACUUUAAAACCUGAAGAAAAUACCGACGAGAAAGUAGUAGUAGAAGAAGAAGAAGAAGAAGAAGAUAAGAGUAAUGAAAAACGACCCAAAAAAGUGAUCAACUAUAAAGAAAAAUCAGAUAGACAGUUCUUUGCUGACUUGAAUAAAAAGACUGAAGAACAAGUGGACCAAAAGGGAAUAGAAAGACAAGCUAAAAUUGCAGAGGCUGUUAGGCAAGUGAAUGGUUUACAUCUUCAAAAUUUAGUAAUGCAGCUACGUAAGGUCUGUAAUCAUCCUUUCUUAUUUGACUGGCCCAUCGAUCCUGCAACAAAUGCACCUGUAGUCAAUAAUGAUUUGGCUGCUCAAUCGGGUAAAGUUCUUUUGCUUGACCGUCUCUUAACUGGUUUGUUUGAAAGAGGACAUAAAGUUUUGGUAUUUUCCCAAAUGACAAAGAUGUUAGAUAUCUUAGAAGAUUGGGCUAUAAGCUUAAAAGGCUGGCCUAUUUGUCGAUUGGAUGGUAAUGUUUCUCAAGAAGAUCGUCGUCAACAAAUUGAAGAAUUUAGUGAUCCUAAUAGUCAUGUUAAACUCUUUUUAUUGUCAACUCGUGCCGGUGGUCUUGGUAUCAAUUUAACUGCUGCUGAUACUGUAGUUAUUUUUGACAGUGAUUGGAACCCACAAAUGGAUCUUCAAGCACAAGAUCGUGUGCAUCGUAUUGGACAAAAGAAACCAGUUCUUAUUUAUAGAUUUGUAGCUGCUAAAACAGUAGAGGAUAAAAUGUUAGAAAAAGCUACUGCUAAGCGUAGAUUAGAGAAGCUGGUUAUUAGCAAAGAUAAGUUUAAGCAUCCUGUGUGGUCUGGUAACAACUCUAAAAAAAUGCAGGAGAGCUCUGUACGUGAAUUAGCGGAAAUUUUAGCAUCAGAAGAUGGCGAACAAGUCCAAAUUGCUGUUCAAGGUGAUAAAGUUAUUUCAGAUGAAGAUCUUGAAAAGUUAUUAGAUCGUAGUCCUGCAGUUUUCGAAACUAAAAGUACAAGCGCAAAUGAUCAAUUUAGAGAAAUGGAUGCUUCAGAAAUGCAAGAUUCCAAAAAUGAAAUUCUGGCUACUCGCCCUAAUAUAGACUAA